AUGUCGGUCCCACCCAUCGCAAAGGCCACGCUUCAGGCCACGGUCAUUAAUGCCGGGGCCAAUGUGUUGGCGCAGGCCAUCAAGGCUUACAGGAAUGAUAUCCCCUUUGAACUUGACACUCAAGCUUUGAUGCAAUUCACCACCUGCGGCCUCAUCACCACACCGUUGAACUACAUCUGGCAAAACAACCUGGAAGCAACUUUCCCAGGCACACGCCCUCAAGAUGCAGCCUCAAAGCACGAAAUAAAGACAGGUCAACCAGACCCGGCUACCUCAAAGCCAGCACUGAACGUCACCAACACCGUCACCAAAAUCGUGAUUGACCAAAUCAUUGGCGCCACGUGGAACACGGUGCUCUUCAUCUUGACCAUGGGCCUUCUGCGUGGCCAGCAUCAUGAAGUUGUUCUCACACAGAUCCGUGAGGAAUUCUGGCCCAUCAUGAUCGCCGGCUUCAAGCUCUGGCCAUUUGUAUCGGUUCUCAACUUCACCGUUGUCCCGGUCGACCAGCGACUGCUGGUGGCCAGUCUUUUCGGUGUGGUAUGGGCUGUUUACCUGAGCUUGAUGUCCGGGUAA